CUUGGCUAAUGCUCCGUAGUGGGUAAGUUCCAUUGAGUGAGAAUAAGAACAAGGUCCAUACUGCGCUCUCUCCCCGGCAGCUGUGAAGGAGCCCGAACGCAAGUCCAAGAUUCGCUGACACUGAAGGAAAUCGAGACACGUCCUUGCCAAAGAUGGCGGCAUCAUUUUCACGAGGCGAACCACUCCAGCGCCACGUCAAGUUCCAGGGUGUAUGGCGCAGGUGGAUGCUUGGGGUCAUGAGCGCCGCGCUUCUGAUGGGCGCGACCAUCGCCAUGGCCUUCACCUACCCAGCAUACGAGCCUGGUGCCCGUGGACCACUUUGCCUGACACCUGCGCUCCGCGAAUGUGCCAUAGGGACCAAUGACAGCUCGAGGACGUCGGGCCAGCGCUCUGCGCCAUGGUUCUUUGUGCGUAGCCGCCGCAGGGGCCACUGCGUGCACUGGAACGCCGACCAAGUCUGCCUGGGUCUGUCGCGUCUGCACUUCGACAGCCUUUCCCUGUGCCAAGCCUACUGCGAGAAAGACCCGCCCAGCGCUCGCUGCACGCAGCCCGUGGACACCGGCAUGCUGCACUGCACCAACGAGGAGUUCCAGCACGGGCGCAAGAAGCCGUGGUGGUACUACGACAGCCAGGACAGGACGUGUCGCCAGUGGGGACAGGUGUGCCUGGCCAACGCCUACGCCAGCCUGCGUACGUGCGUUGCCGCUUGCCUCAGGCAGAAUUGACUCCGCAACGACGACGCGGAUCUGCGGCGACCAGCCGGGGCUCGGCUCGGCUCGACUUCGUCGCGUAUCACCUCAAGUCGCCUUGGUACCGAAUCGAUUCGGAACCAUGCGAGUGGAUCGGAGGACAGCGGUGUACUUUUAAAAUAUUUCCUCGUCUAGGAAUGUUGUCGGUAGUUUCAAGAGAAGCGGGCUCCAGUAAGCCUAACUGGAUAUAUUAACUCAGUACGAACUCGCCAGAUGUAUAACGUUCAGUUCGGAGGUUGCUUGGUUUGUUUGCUUCUUGCAGCAGUCUUGUACCACUUGUGUAGUCGAAAAUGAAUAAUAAAAAAUAGCACGUGAA